UUGAAGCAUUAUCUACUGGGGAAGGAUCUUUAUCAAUUUUAUGUUUAUUUCAUGUAAUCAAUAUUAUAGUGUCGUUUUAUUGCAUUACGUGAAACAUCUUCGAGCCUACCAACGUCCUAGAAGUCGAUUACGGAUUUAGUAAAAGUUCCAGAAUGGAUGCCGAACGGUUACAAGAAGAAAUGCUGCUGAAGUGCCUUCGCCAGCAGUUAGAUGAGUUCCACAUGUUAUCCUCGAUAUUCUGCAAUCCGGGCGAGCUGCAUGUCGAUAACUACAGCUUCGUGGAUAACAUCAACGCGUACAUUGAGGGUGAAACGAAAAGACUGAACGCCAAGUUGGACUAUCAACUAAAUCUACCUUUACUGGACGCGGAGAAGGUGCAGAUCCGUAUAGAACUACCUCAUCUCUAUCCUGCUAUAGAAAUUCCACUGGUCGUGGUUCGUUCGGCCCGUUUUCCCAGAGAUCAAGAAAGAUCGAUCACCGAGAGAAUAGAACAAUACAUCUAUCAAGAAGUGUUGGAUAAGAGCGAACCAUACGUCUUCCAGAUAGUCUCAUGGAUUCAAGAUAAUUUCGAAGAGUUAACCAAAUUUGAUGAUCCGUCAAAGUCCCUUGGACAACCAUCAAGCAACGUAUCACAAAGUUCGCGAGGCGUCGUUUUUGAACGGCUUUGGAUUUAUUCUCAUCAUCUCAAGAGCAAAACCAAGCGACAAACGAUACUAAAGACAGCACGAGAUCUCGAUCUUUCCGGAUUCUCUAGACCAGGAAAACCGGCGAUUAUUUGCGUGGAGGGUCAUCAAAAGGAUACGCAAGAUUUCUGGCGAACGAUAAGACCUCUUAAAUGGCAACACAUUCAGCUAAAGCUAUCGGAAUUGGAGCAACUGGAAUCAUCUAGUGAUGAUGUUUUGGUGGAUGAAAAACGGAGAUUUCAAGGUUUCCGCGAGGAACUGUUCACCGAAGUUGACGGUCAAAAUGAUGAGCAAGUUCCUAUGAGUAUGAGUUUGUUCAUGAAAUUUUUGGACAAACACGAUAGCGGAUACAUUAGAAAAGAACUGUUCGGUUUUGAUCUACCAGAGAAUGUAGUGUAGUUGAUUUAUUGUAUGCAUGAGUAGUUAUAUUGUUUUAAAAAUAUUCAAUUUGUUUUCGGAUGUAUUUUUAAUAAUGUAUGUUGUAUAUUAAAGAGUUUACUUACCUUCAGCA